AUGAGCAUGAACAUGGACAUGGACAUGAACGUGAACAUGAACGUGAACAAUCUAUCCGAACAUCUACAGAGCCUGAUCUCGAACGACUCGGAGCUGGGCUCGCGUCUACUAUCAUUGCUACUGGUUAGCAGUGGCAACGCGGAGGAGCUCAUAGGCAUGAUAAACAGCGGCCAAGACGUGUCGCAAUUCAAGAAGCUGCGCGAGCCGAAAAAGGGGAAGGCGGCAACGGCAACGGCCACGGCACAGGAAGAGGAAGAGGAAGAGGCGCCCGUGAACGAGCUGGACAAGAUCAAGCAGGAGCGAAGAAGGAAGAACACGGAGGCGUCGCAGCGGUUCCGCGUGCGCAAGAAGCAGAGGAACUUCGAGAACCUGAACAAGCUGCAUGGCCUGAACGUGCAGAUCAACAAGCUGCGCGACCGCAUCGCGCAGCUGAACAAGGAGAACGAGUUCUGGAAGGCGAAGCUCAACGACAUCAACGAAAUCAAGUCGCUGAAGCUGCUGAAUGACAUCAAGAGGCGGAACAUGGGCAAGUGA